GCGUAUCUCCAUCGUUGAGAUUACCAAAAAAAAUAAAAUGCAUUGUCUUCGUUUCCCAAACCGUACAGACUGCACUUGUGACCAAUUUCGAAACACUUUGAACUCAUUCUUAUUUGACAAGAUGUUGGGUGAUCUUUUAAAAGGUGUCAACUUUUUUUUAGAUUAUUAACUCCUAAAAAGACGAGGGUUGAGUGAUGCUCUUCAAGUGAUUGAAAUAGCGCGCUGAUACUCGUAGCACGAUCAUUUCAAAGAAAACUACGCUGAAAGCAAGACCGAGAUACCUAUGCAACAUGGUCACACGCGAGUUUAUUUUUAUCAUAUUAAUGGUAUUAUUACGCCUUAGUGAAGGGGAUCACUGUCCAGCAGUGUGUGUUUGUAGUAGCAGGGGUGUCUCUUGCAGUAGCGAGAUGCAAAUGAAAGACUUUACCGCGCUAUCGAAGUAUUUUCCAAAUAUAACAAGCCUGGAGUUACAAAAUCAAAACCAUAAAAAUAUGUCGUUAAUUUGGUUUCGGAACUUUACGAGAUUAACGUCGCUUAGUUUAAUAUUAAGCGGCUUGCAAGUGUUACCAAGAAAUUUGGAUUACCACUUACCUAGCGUGAAAAUACUAAUGCUGCAACACAAUGCCAUAUCUGAAUUGGAUCCAGUGAGCUUAAAAAGCUAUCAUGGUUUGGAAAAUCUUAUUUUAGAGGGUAACAAUAUCAGUGACAUCAGAAGUUACACCUUUCGAGAUUUAUGGAACUUGAAACUUUUAAACCUGCAGUACAAUUCUAUAAAGAAAAUUCACGAGUUAGCAUUUUAUAACGUAAGCAAUCUAGAACAUCUCUUCUUGAAAGGAAAUCAAUUAGAAAGAAUUGGUAAACGCGUUUUUUCAGGUUUCAAGAAACUUAUGAAUCUCCAGUUGUCUGGAAAUAAUAUCAACAAAAUUGCUGACGGGGCGUUUCAUGACAUCAAUGCGGGAAUGUUAAGUCUCAUGAGAAAUCAGUUGCAAAAUAUUUCUAUGGGAGUGUUCAAUAACAAUACCAAAAUUGAGACGGUAAUUUUGAUGAAUAACCCAAUACUGUGUUCCUGCGAGACAAUAGCAUCGCUGUACUAUAGUACUGAAUCUGUUCACGGAACAUGCAAUGGUCCUGGAGCAAUAAAAAGUUCUAUUGAGAACGUGCACUUGCAAGAAAUCGAUCCUUGUAACAAAAAUAAACGAUGCGAGAAUAUAAAAAUUCCCGUAAAUAAAGUUUGCCCAACCACAACAUUAACAACAAUAACAACAACAAAAACAGCAACAAUAAAAUCAACUAGAAAAAUAACAGUAACGAGUCUCACAACUGAAAAGGCGACUGCAGCUUCUUCUCGUCUGAAUACAAGCAUUAUUAUCGGAGUGGUUUCGGCUACCAUCUUUUUAAUUAUUGUGUCAAUAGGACUGUUUUUGUGCUACCACCAGUAUCACAAACAUACGGCCAACGUAGCUCUCACUACAAAAGAAGAUCUAGAAUUAUCAAAUAUUAAUUCUCUCCCCCCCUCCCUGAACGAAGAAAAUGUCUUUGCACCCAGUACAAAUCUGCCAGACAAAAAACUACUUGAAAGCAGUGUAGUAAAAGAGGGAAAGGAUAAUUCGCGAAAACUUUCCAUGGUCAAACUACGAUUUUUAAGAACAGACUGCGGUAGUAAUCACCAAAUCAGCAGUCUAGCAGAAAAUACAGAGGAACCGACAUUUGUUUCCAAAAAGUCGGUUAAAAAACAAGACUCAAUACCUUUAUUUUCUAUCGAGGAAUCGGAAAAACAAAACAACGCCGACGAAGAAAACCCACCCUCGCCGAUCGGUCGUUCUUACGUUAAUCAGACAUUUGACGACGAUAAUGACAAAACCAGUUCCGACGAUGUCACGACAAACGUAACAAAACCGAAAAAACGAAGAAGCGGUGUCAUUCAACAACCGACUAAAUUUGUCUGUACACCGCAUAAUGCAGUCGAUAUUAACGACAAUGAUAAAGAAAAUAACGACAAAGCUUUGUUCGCCAUAGAUUCGUCGGAUGAUUCUGAUUCCGGUAUUAACACUGACAAUGAAAAAAAGUUAAGUGUUGACAUUCCUAGUACUGUAACUUUAUAA